UGCUCUGCGGCCUCCCCCCAGAGACCCUCGGCCGAGACUCGGCGCCGCGGCCGCUUCCCCAGCGAACCCGCCAGCCCUCCUGCGGGCGAGAGUUUCCCGAGCAGCCAGAUGCAGGCCUCCCGCCUCCGCGCCUUCUGAGCCCCCGCCUUGAUGAGCGCAGCCUCGUGUGCCUUCCCGGUGCAGCUCCGGCAGCCGUCGGUCAGCGGCCUCUCGCAGAUCACCCGGAGCCUGUACCUCAGCAACGGCUCGGCCGCCAACAACAAGCUGCUGCUGGCCAGCAACCAGAUCACCUCGGUGGUCAACGUGUCGGUGGAGGUCGCCAACACCGUCUUCGAGCACAUCGAGUACAUGCACGUGCCCGUGGCCGACGCCCCCAGCUCGCCGCUCUACGGCUUCUUCGACCCCAUCGCCGACCACAUCCACGGCGUGGAGCUGAAGCAGGGCCGCACGCUGCUGCACUGCGCCGCGGGCGUGAGCCGCUCGGCCGCCCUGUGCCUCGCCUACCUCAUGAAGUACCACGCCAUGUCCCUGCUGGACGCCCACGCCUGGACCAAGGCCUGCCGGCCCAUCAUCCGGCCCAACGUGGGCUUCUGGGAGCAGCUCAUCCACUACGAGUUCCAGCUGUUCGGGAAGAACAGUGUGCGCAUGCUCAGCUCCCCGGUGGGCCCGAUCCCCGACAUCUACGAGAAGGAGGUGCGCUUCAUGAUCCCGCUGUGACCCAAGAGAGGACUGUAGCUUCUAACCCUGUAACCCCGAGGCCAGAGAUGCAACGGCGAAGGGUGGCAGGCCGCGACUGCCGGCCCCAGGGUGGCG